AUGUCAACGCUCUCGCAUCACUAUCCUUCUCUUCUUCUUCCUCUUCUCCUGCUACUCAAAUCCUUCACAACCCCAAUGUCUUCCUCAUCCACACAGGCUUUCAUCUUUGGCCGUUGCUCUCAGGCUAAGUUCACGCCGGGCUCUGCCUAUGAGUCUACCGUCAACUACCUUCUCGCUUCCAUCGUCAAAGCCGCCAUGUUCUCCUCCUACAACAACCUCACCGUCCCUCACUCCUCACAGGACACCCCCAUAUGCGGCCUUUUCCAGUGUCGCGGCGACCUUGCCGCUGCCGACUGCUCCCGCUGUGUUGGCCAGGCCGUCUCCCAGCUUGGCACUAUCUGCCCCUACUACACCGGCGGUGCCUUGCAGCUCGACGGUUGUUUCGUUAAGUAUGAUGAUUCCAAGUUCUUGGGCAUGGAGGACAAGACUUUGGUGGUUGAGAAAUGUGGGCCGACGACUGCAUUGACUUCGGACGUGUUGACUCGGAGGGACGCUGUGCUCUCGUAUUUGGAAACGUCCGAUGGGGUGUACAAGACGUUUAGAACGACUAGCUCAGGGGAUUUGCAGGGCAUGGCACAGUGCGUAGGGGAUUUGAGUGCACCCCAGUGCCAGGAUUGCCUCUCAAACGCGAUCGGACGGCUAAGAGAAGAGUGUGGGCCUGCUCAGUGGGGUCGGGUAUACUUGGCCAAGUGCUGUGCACGCUACUCUGAAGGUGGGGAUUACUCGUCCGAAGAAAACGGUAAGCGUAAAAACAAGAACGGCGAUGAAUUUCAGAACACACAGGUAAUAAUAGUUGGUGUCAUAGCAAUCGUAGCAGUGGUGGCUCUGCUCAUCAUAUUCAUUUCAUUCUUGGCCAAGCUGUGCAAAAGCAAAGAGGUGGUAAUUCAUGUGGAAAAUAAACAAGAAACUCAGGUGGAAAACAAACAAGAAACUCAGGUGGAAAUCAAACAAGAAACUCACGUGGAAAACAAGUACCCUCUCGUAAUAUUUCUAGUUCGGCUAAUUCCUUGGUUUGCAGAAGAUCCAGUCCCUUGUGAUAUUCCAGCAGGUUUUCAUGCAGCAGCAUCAGAUUUAAUUGCUGAGCCCCACCAAAAUGUUCUGCAAAAGCACACUUACUUCUUCGACAGGAACCAGGACGGCGUCGUCUACCCCUGA